ACACCCUACCGGUCUCCUCCUUUUCACAGGUGAUCUUCCCCCGGAUGACGGGCACCCCACCAGACCCUGCGGCCCUUGCACCAGACAUCCAGAGAAUGGAAGAAACCUUAGACAACUUAGAAAAGCACUUCCUCCAGGAAAAACCUUUCCUGUGUGGGUAUGAUAUCAGCAUCGCAGACCUGUUUGGCGUCAACGAGGUUAUACAGGUGGAACCCUGCGGCUAUGGCACGCUAGACAGAAGACCAAAGCUGAAGGCGUGGAUAGGGAGAGUGAGAGAGCACGUACAACCAGAGAUCUUUGACGAUGUCUCGCAACUCAUCUACAGACUCGCCAAAGCAAAACAAAAUCUGUAAUUUGUUAUAAAAAAGUAGAUGGUACAAGUGCAUGUGUUUCACAGGUUACUUUUCAUAUGAAUGACAGAAGUGGACAAUUUCAUGAAAGGGAAAAUUAUUAUUAUUGUUAUUGAGCUGCUUAUUGAUUUUUGUUGGAAGGACAAAAGUGGCCAGAUUUAUUCAAUUAAAAAUGGAUUUCAUUGCCAUCUGGUGGGUGAUAUGCCUAUUGAUUUUAUUUUAAAUGAUGGUAGACCUGUAGUCUUGUCAUUAAACAGUUUUGGUUUCCAUUUUGUGUGCUGGAUUUUCUUACAUACAUGCAGUUUGCUUCUGCUGACAGUAUUAGCUUGUAAUUUCCAAACUUUGUGGUCCUUUAUAUUUCAUAUUUCAUUUGACAAAUAGAUAACAAUGGCCAGAAUACUAUGUUUCUUUUUUCUCAUUGAAAGUUUUGAGGUUGAAAUCUUAUGAUGCUGUGAUUUGAGAGAGGUUUGACUGAUAUUCAAUUUACUGAUUUCUAAGAUGUAGAGAGUAAGCAUAUUAAGUGUGCUCUAAUUAUCUAUAAA